AUGAACUUGCUGGACCAGCUCUCGCACUACUUCCUCUCGCCCAGCGUCAGCAACGUGCAGCUCUCGCCCGACGCCAUGGCCGACAUCAUGAACCGCAAGGACCUCAAGUCCAUGGUCCCCCAGCCCAAAGUCUACAAGAAGGCCCCCUACACCGUCGAAGCCCCCGGUCUGGAGAAGAAGGAAGGCGAGACCAUCCCGCGACGCAACGCCCGGACCAAGGACAGCCUGCGCGUCACGCCCGAGGAGGGAGUCAACACCAUCUUCGACAUCAUCAAGCGCUCCAGCAAGAAAUACGGCAAUGCCAAAGCGGUGGGCAAGCGGCGGCUGCUGGAGACGCACGAGGAGACGAAGAAGGUGAAGAAGAUGGUGGAUGGCAAGGAGCAGGAGGUCGACAAAAAGUGGCAGUACUUUGAACUCAGCAAGUACGAGUACAUGAGCUUCACCGAGUACGAGCAGCUGGUGCUGAAGGUUGGAUGCGGCUUCCGGAAGCUGGGCAUGAAGGCUGAAGAUCGUGUCCAUAUCUUCGCUGCGACGCACCCACAUUGGCUGGCUACGGCGCAUGGUGCCGGCAGUCAGAGUAUGCCCAUUGUAACGGCCUACGACACGCUUGGUGAAGACGGCUUGAAGCACUCUCUGCAACAGACCAAGGCCAAGGCCAUCUUUCUGGAUCCUCAUCUGCUCACGACUCUCAUUAAGCCGCUGCAGGAGGCCAAAGACAUCCAGCAUGUCAUCUACAACAACGACGAUGCGUACACGUCGAAACGCGAUCCGAAGAUGGUCGAGGAGGACAUCAAGAAGCUCAAGGAGGCUCAUUCGCAUCUCACAGUCACCAGCUUCACCGACUUUGUCAAAAUGGGCGAGGAGAAUAUGGUCGACCCUGUCGAACCGAAGCCAGAAGACCUCUGCUGCAUCAUGUACACGUCUGGCUCCACUGGCGCACCCAAGGGUGUGCUGCUGACCCACCGCAACGUCCUGGCUGCCAUCGCAGGCGUAGACGUGAUCGUUGGACCUUAUCUCGGACCUGGUGAUGGUCUCCUCACCUACCUCCCGCUUGCCCAUAUCCUGGAAUAUGUCUUCGAAUCUGCCUGUCUCUUCUGGGGAGGCACCAUGGGCUACGGGCACCCACGCACGCUCACUGACACCAGCCUCCGCAACUCCGCUGGCGACAUUGCCGAAUUCAAGCCUACCAUUCUCGUCGGCGUCCCCGCUGUUUGGGAGACGGUCAAGAAGGGCAUCAUGGCCAAGGUCGGCAAGAUGAACGCCAUCACCAAGAAUCUCUUCUGGGGCGCGCUCAGUGCCAAGUCCUUCAUGAUGAACAACUCCGGCUACCUCCCGCUAUCCGGUCUCGGCACCAGCAUCGUCGACACUGUCGUGUUCAAGAAGAUCCAGGAGGCUACUGGCGGCCGCCUGCGCAUCUGCAUGAACGGCGGCGGACCCAUCUCCAAGGAGACCCAGCACUUCAUCUCCAUGUGUAUUGCACCCAUGAUCUCCGGCUACGGUCUCACGGAGACCGCCGCCAUGGGAGCUCUCAUGGACCCACUGGCAUGGACCGACAACGCCAUCGGAGAGGUGACGGGCAGUGUAGAGGUCAAGCUCGUCGACUUUGCGGACGCCGGCUACUACUCCACCAACAAGCCACCACAAGGCGAGAUCUGGAUCCGCGGCGCAUGUGUCACGAAGGGCUACCUCAAUCUCGAAAAGGAGACGAAGGAGUCCUUCACCGAUGAUGGCUGGUUCAAGACAGGCGAUAUCGGCGAAUUCGACUCUGCCGGACAGCUGCGCAUCAUCGACCGCAAGAAGAAUCUGGUCAAGAUGCAGCAUGGCGAGUACAUUGCCCUCGAGAAGCUGGAGAGCGUGUACCGCGGUGUGCCGGUUGUUGGCAACAUCUGCGCUUUCGCGGAUACGACGAAGAACAAGCCGAUUGCGAUUGUGGUCCCUGCGGAGCCGGCGCUCAAGGCUCUGGCGAGUGAGAAUGGAGUCAAGGGCAAUGGACUGGAGGAUUUGUGCCAUAAUGAGAAGGUGAAUGCGGCGGUGUUGAAGGAGUUACAGAGUGCGGGCAAGAAGGGUGGGUUGACGGGGAUUGAGAUUAUUGAGGGAGUCGUGCUGAGCGAUGAGGAAUGGACGCCGCAGAAUGGCCUCGUGACUUCCGCACAGAAGCUCAACCGCAAAGGCAUCACUGAGAAGUAUAAGAAUGAGAUCCAGAAGGCUUAUGGUGGGAAAUAA